AUAUGUGUGAAUGUGCUUCUAGACAGUAUGGCUGCCGUUACCAACAGUAUCGGGGUUUGUCCUCACUUUCACCGGGGAAAACAGUAACCUGCAGCGGACAGGAUCGUUCACACCCCCGAGGGACACCGCCCAGCGACAAGACAGCAGAUGGCUUAAAUAGCAGAUUCUUCCCAUAUAGCUGCAAGCUGGUAUACAGCAGCGAGAGGGGAGGAGAGGAGCGUCUUGUGUGGAAAUUUCCGUGUAUGUUUUUUUUUUUUUUAAAAGGAGGGGAUUUGUUUUGAUUUGCAGUUCAGAAAGUUCACGCCGCCGCCGCUGCUGCCUGACAGCAACCUCAUUUACUACCUCUAAAACGGGGGGUAGGAUUUUAACUGGGCCCCCGGUUGCUUGGACGUGGAUCCCCUAUUGGAAUAUAUAUGAAGUUGAAGAUGCUGUAGGGAUGCGAAGACUCGAGGUUGCGCGUUUGUUGCUCCGGUAAAUAUUUAUACCAAGACUGAAAGGGGAAGAAUGUCGAUUUGUCUGUAUAGACAAAUGUGAUGAAACUGAUUACCCGCUAGGUUACAAGCGCGGGGAGCGGCACAUUAAACCGAAAGAGUCUUUCUUUUUAAAUAUAUUUUUUCCAAGAAGAAAACUGAACAAAACAAAAAGCGUUUUUUGGAUUAAUGUGGGCUUGAAAUUCUGGCCUAAUAAAAGUAAGCCGAAGAGAGAGACAUGCUCGGUCAUGAAAGUGCUUGAUCAGUAAGGCACUGUUGAGCUGGGCCGAUUCUGGUAUGAUAAGGUGUUUUUAUUCAUCGUGCAUAUAGUUUUUGGAGGUAGUCGUAAAGUCGCCAGCCUGGAUCAAGAAACGUUAACUUUCGUGCCUGGUUGGAGCGACGCCCCCCAGCUGUCAUCGAUGCCUUCUGCAUUGGCAGUCUUUACCUGUCGGCCGAAUUCACAUUCCUUUCAGGAGCGCCAUGUGUACCUGGACGAGCCGGUCAAGAUCGGGCGCUCUGUGGCUCGCUGCCGACCGGUUCAAAACAACGCGACGUUUGACUGCAAAGUGCUGUCCCGGAACCACGCUCUUAUCUGGUUUGACCACAAGACGGGCAAGUUCUAUCUCCAGGACACGAAGAGCAGCAAUGGAACCUUCAUCAACAGCCAGCGCCUGAGCCGCGGCUCGGAGGAAAGCCCUCCAUGUGAGAUUCUGUCUGGUGACAUCAUCCAGUUCGGAGUGGAUGUGACGGAGAACACUCGCAAAGUUACCCAUGGAUGUAUAGUUUCUACAAUCAAACUCUUUUUACCUGAUGGCAUGGAGGCUCGGCGCCGGUCAGACAUCAUUCAAGUUCCAUUACCACUUCCUGUAGACAAGGUUGCUGCUACUACUCCCAGUAUGUAUUCUCAGGAACUGUUUCAGCUCUCUCAGUAUAUACAGGAGGCCUUACACCGGGAGCAGAUGCUGGAGCAGAAGCUAGCGACCCUGCAGCGCCUGCUGGCCAGCACGCAGGAGGCAUCAGAGAGCAGCUGGCAGGCUUUAAUAGAUGAAGAUAGACUGCUUUCAAGAUUAGAAGUCAUGGGAAACCAGUUGCAAGCUUAUUCAAAAAACCAAACUGAAGAUAGCAUUCGAAAGGAGUUGGUAGCAUUGCAAGAAGACAAACACAGCUACGAGACAACAGCCAAAGAGUCCCUGAGGCAGGUUCUUCAGGAGAAAAUUGAGGUGGUCCGCAAGCUCUCGGAAGUGGAGCGAAGUCUGAGCAACACUGAGGAUGAAUGUACCCAUCUAAAGGAAAUGAACGAGCGGACGCAGGAAGAGCUGAGCGAGCUGGCCAAUAAGUACAACGGAGCGGUCAACGAAAUCAAAGACCUUGCUGACAAGUUAAAGCAGGCGGAGGGCAGGCAGGAGGAGAUCCAGCAGAAAAGCCUGUCUGAGAGGAAGGAGCUGCAGCACAGGAUUGAAGAGAUGGAGGAGAAGGAGCAGGCACUGCAGGCACGCAUAGAGGCCUUGCAGGCAGACAAUGACUUCACCAACGAGCGUCUCGCUGCUUUACAAGUACGGUUAGAACAACUUCAAGAGAAAAAUAUUAAGGAACACAACAGUUUAGACCACUUUCUUUUAAAGAGUGGAGGGGACUGCACUUUUAUCCAACAGUUCAUUGAGUGCCAGACAGUAAAGCAGCUGAAAGGCCCAGUAGAUUCCACACAUAACAACAAGAUCUCCAGUUUGGAAGGUGUUGUUGAUGUUCAUCUAGAAAACAAUCAAACUGCAGAAGAAAAUAUUUUAAGUAGUCCUGAAAGACUCAAAGCCAAGCUUAUAGACGAUGGGCAUCUGAUGAAAGUGAUGGAAGAAACCAAGCUUGUAAAAGAAAACCAAGUAGAUGCAAAGGAAUCGGACAUGUCAGACACACUCAGUCCCAGCAAGGAUAAAAGCAGCGACGACACUACAGACGAUCAAAUGGAUGAACAAGAGCUGAAUGAAUCUCUGACGAAGGGUUCUCUAUUAAAAGAUGAGCUUUGCCGUGCAAACCUGGAGCCUGGGGACAGGGAGCAGGUGAUCCAGCACUUGCACAAGGAGAUGGUGGAAGCGCAGGAGCUAGCCAAGAGCGGUAAAUACAAGUGUUUAGAACUGCAAGCGCUGCUUGAAGAGGAGAGACGAGCGAGCAAGCAGCAGACUGAGGACUCCACCAAGCAGAUCCAACUCCUGCAAGCCCAGCUGCACAAGCUACAGGCAGACGUGGCCACUCUGCGUGAGGAGAAGGAGGAUGACAUUAGCAGCGCUCAUGAGGAGCUGUCCCGGGCCCAGGAGGAGGUGAGCGUGAUGAGGAAAGCCAUGGAGGCAGCCACCUCGGAGCGCGAGCGCGAGAUCACAGCCCUGCAGGAGGACCUGAGCACGGUGCGGGAGGAGCUGGAAAAGUGGCGCGCCGCAGCCUCCCAGUAUGAGGCUGAGAUAAGCAGCCUGCAGGCCAGCUUCCAGCAGCAGAGUCAGCAGAGGGAGAAGGCUGCCGAGCUGCAAGAUGAGCUUGAGAGGCUCCAGAAGGAGUGUGUGACUCUGCAGGGUGAGUGCGCCUCCCUUCAGAAGGAGAAGGCCCCCCUCAUGGUGAAGCUGCAGAGCCUGGAGAAGGAGCUCGACAGCUCUCGCCAGCACAGUGUGGAGCUGACCAGUACCCUGAGUGUGCUGGAGAAGACUCGCAGAGACCUGGAGAGCGAGGCGGGAGUCUUGAGGGAGAAGCACCAGCAGGAUGCCAGUGGUCUCAAGGCUCAGCUUGCAGAGGCCAGCAACCGGACCAAGGGCCUGCAGAAAGAGUUUGAAGAGACUCAGGCUCUGCUCUCAGACCUGAAGAAGAGGUACGAGAGAACAGAGCAGGAGAAACAGGCCAUCACAGACGAGCUCCAGCAAUGUAAAGUGAAUCUUAAGCUGCUGCAGGAGAAAGGAAACCAUGGUUGCUGGCUGCCCUGGAUGCCUGUGGUGGCGGUGCUGGUUGCCGUGACUGUGGUGGUGCUGUACCCCAGCCUGUCAAGGGGCUCUCCCUGACAGCAGCCUCCCGAGCACACCGUCCUCACCCCCCCAUGCUGCUAACAUCGCGACACCCCAGCCGCCACCUUCCUCCACACUUCUAAUCGCAGACACACACACUCGGCUCUGUCAGAGUGCAACAGUAGGGUCUCUCUGCUUUACCUGUAUAAAAUGUAACUGUACAUAUAUAUAGGGAAUAAAAAUUGCAACUUAAUACUUCUACUGUAGGUAAUACAUUAUUUGCAGUUUUUUUUUUUUUUUUUUUGUAUGCGUAUGUUAGGAUUCUACAUAAUAUUGUGGUAUAAACUAGGCUUUUUUGGUACCAAACUGUUCUCACAAAUUCAGGUGUGUUUUUACAGCAGGACUUGCUACAUUAGCCAAGGCAAUGUGGUCCUCUUGGUUUUUGGUAUGCAAGCCAAAAUGUCUAAUGCAGUACACAGGGCACAAGGGAGUAAGUUACUAGACACACACUCACCCAGUCCAUCCCUCAGUGAUGUGCCAUUCUUACCCUCUCCAUGGCUUGAAUGUUUCACGGCAACAGCGUAGACAGUUCUCUACAAGAAAGUACAAAGAACAAUAUAAAUUUCUCUUAUUUCGCUUUCUGAGAGAAUAUGAAAUAAGAACCCCCUAUUAAAAUGUAUAGGUGCUUUAGUCAGGGUAUAAAAUGAUCUGUACAUUUUUGUAUUGUACCGUCAAAAUUAAGACUUCCGUGCAUUUAAAAAAAAAAAAAAAAAAAAAAAAAACACACUACAUAGCAGUUUGGGGUGUCAGUAUUUUUGUUAAAGGAUUCCUCUGCAGUAGCUGGUACAGGGACAGAGAUAAUACCGCAAUUCAGCAAUGUGCAAUCUUCUCACAUAUCCUCUCCACAUCAGCUCCCAUCUGAUUUCAGGGCUGCUUAUAAAUGCCUGAUUGCUAAGUUACAUUGUUUAGAGAAGCAAUGUGACAUGCAAGCUCACCACUGUAAAGGAGGUGUUACAUCUCACAGUUUUUUUUUUUUUACCCUGUAAAAAGAUAUUUAAAUAAAUAAAUACAAUCCAAACCAAAAUGUCUCACUUUCAAGUUAAAAUUCCAAAUUCCAGCAGCCUUGUGCAGGACAGUGUUACAGUUUCUUAGGUUCAGUUUCCAAUCUAAAGGCAUGUCAACAUGUUUAGUGUAAGUGUUUAUUACAGUGCGUGUGUAUAUAGUGUUCAUCUAACACCUGUCAGCACACUUCUAGCGCUUCCUCAUCACACUCAUCACUGUAGCCUUGAGUCGGCCUUGGGGUGUGUGGAUGUGUUUGUAAAUAUAUUUCCACAGUUUGUUAUUUGUUGAUCGAAAGUAAAGACACAUUUAGAUGGAGUGCUGUUGUACCAUGAGAAAACAAUGCAGUUUGAAAUAACCUCCCCUUCCUUUGUUUAUACCUCAAAUGAUAAAGAAAAUGUAGUUCAGUUUUGCAACAUUUUACCAAUAAGUCUUUUGUUUUUUAAAUAUUGCACAUCAUUUGAUGAUAGGAUUAAAAAUGGGAUUAAUGUUGGGGCAUGCACUUGGCACACCUAGGUCUUGAAGGGGUUUAGUUUUAAUCAAUUACUAAAGGACCUUUAAUGAGGAUGAGCCACAGAAUCUGAUUUGGUUCCAGUAACACCACAAUGUAAUGCAUGCAGAAAGACUGCAUUCGGAGAAGCUGAUCAAUUGAACAGCUGUCCUGUAAUCUGAUCAAAUGCAAUGCCAGUACCCCUUUUUUUUUUUUUUUUUUUUUUUUUUUUUUAAAAUACAGGCAUGCAAAUUAUCAGCAAUUAAAUCCACAACUCCCUCACCUUGCAAGCUGAACAUGGUAAAAUAUUCUUACUAGGAAUAGAUUUAGAGUUUUAAAGGUUGAUAAGUAAAUAGGAACUUUAGUGUUUUAAACUAAAAGGAUGGGGGGGGUGAAUGUGUAUACUUUUAUAAAUAUUACUAUUGUUCGCUGUUUGUUGAUUGACGAAUCAUUAAUUUGUGGGAAAAUGAACACAAGCUGUAAUAGCAACAAUGUUCUGUGGUAAUCUGUUUCCUUUGACAAGAAUAAAGUAGAAACAGCCUCCCAACUGCAACACAACUCAUUUGCCAGUGGUGCGUGCGAGUACCUUCCUGUACAGAGAGGUGCGUGCGAGUACCUUCCUGUACAUAAUUUGUUUGCAAAUAUUGUCUUGAGAUGCUAAAGUUCAGAAUUACAUUUUUUAAAGUAAAUAAUUGUUUAAAAUCUAUUUUGUAAAGAUAUGGAAAGUACAAUAUAAUUUCUGGAGUACAGAUUAAACUAUUUGCACUAACACUUGUGAUGUGCAUGAUUUAAUAAAACAAAAUUUACUCUCCCUC